UUCUGCAGUAGUUCUGUAAGAAUUAGAUUUAGGUUAAGUACUUGAGUAAAUGUAAUAUACUUCCCACCACCAUCAGCAACAUUCAUAAAUAAGACAUCUCUGUCGAGGCUGAAUGUUUAAUGCAACAUCUCCCCCACCGAGCAGCUCCCAGCAGCCAUUUAAAUGUUGUGGGUCUCCAUAACCACAGUGCCUGGGAACAUGCUGCCGGCGUCGGCUCUGCUUCGGCACAGAUAAAGCUAAUACCUGAACGUGAAGCUUUGUACGUGGCGUCAGGAUCCACAGUUGUCGGUCACACUUUUCAGCAAGCCGUCUGUGACGUGAACAUUCAUCUUGGAAAUGGAAGUGGAAAGGAUUUCAGCGCAGUGAAAACAGCUGUAACACAAGGUGGCAAAGCAAAACAGCACUCACCAAUGGCAGCGAAAGAGAGCAAACAGUGGUGGGAUCCGUUUGAAACAUCUUACAGAAAACAGUUUGUCUACCAGCCAAACUCAGCUGCUGAGAUUCUGCUGUGCCCAAUGUCAACAUCAUUUAUAGACUCCUAUUCAAAGUCUGGACCUUUUGGUUCAACUGUAUACAAUAAGGACUUUUACUGGAAGCCAGCCUGUAGACCUGAAUGCAUUCGCACGGGAACAGCCUCGGGACAGAGAAGAAACAACCCGCAUCCCAGCCAGUCUUUCAUGAUGUGGAGGAUGCCGAGGGACGCUGCACGGAACUCUGAGUAUGCUGCCUUCCCCUGGAAAUGUCCCCCAUCUGAGGGGGAGAUACGUAAAGCACUGACAGCGCAGUACUGCUCCACCUACGCAUGUGACUUCAUGGGUUUGCCUCAAGGGUAUGAUGACAUCAAUAAAGCAGAAGGACGACUUGCGCGGCUGCACAACAGGCACCAUACACCACUCUCUGCUGACACUGAGAUCAGGGCCAAUUACCGCCAGCCAAAGCCUGAACUGCUGGGCAAUCUCUUCCACUACAGCUGCAGAAAAGAUCCAAACCUGGCCUGCUGUGGCAUAGUCCCAACUGUUGUGCAACGACACAUCCACACUCAGAAGCAGAAGGGAUCAGAUGUGACAACCUAUGACCGGUUUUAUGGAAAGAGAGUCGGCGAUGUCACAUCUGUGAUGAAGUCCCUGCUGCCUCAGGAGCUGCAGCAGCUGCACAGAAUUUUACCUGAGGAGGAAAAGGAGGCAGUGAAAUCAGCUUUGAGUAGAGAUGCUUGUCCAAACAACGGGGAGAAAGUGAAUAAACUUCCAGCAGUCGUCUGAAAUUCCUGCUCACCUGAAUGGAUAUCAAGCUGGCCGGGACCUCUCUGAACCUCGCUGCUGAUGUCAGUAGCUCGAUUAUCCGUGUUUGUGUGUUUAUGUGAACACAGUAGCGUAAUAUAUUGUAAAAUAAACGUGUCAG